CUUUGUACCCACCUCCUGUGGGCAGAGUCAUCUGCCGGUGGGCUGCGGCGGCGGGGCGGGCAUGGUCCAGCUGAGGUUUUGCGUCCUAGGCAGCAUAGCCGGUUCCGUGCUCCGUGCAUCGACUACCUGGACGUGCGUGGCAAGCAGAGCAGGCCGGAAAGGAGCAGGUUGGGAGUGUGGUGGGGCCCGCAGCUUCAGCAGUGCCGCGGUGACCAUGGCCCCGAUCAAGGUGGGAGACACCAUUCCCUCAGUGGAGGUAUUUGAAGGGGAACCUGGAAAGAAGGUGAACUUGGCAGAGCUGUUCAAGGACAAGAAAGGUGUUUUGUUUGGAGUCCCUGGGGCAUUUACACCUGGCUGUUCCAAGACCCAUCUGCCUGGGUUUGUGGAGCAAGCCGGAGCUCUGAAGGCCAAGGGCGCACAAGUGGUGGCCUGUCUGAGUGUUAAUGAUGUCUUCGUGACUGCAGAGUGGGGUCGAGCCCACCAGACAGAAGGCAAGGUUCAGCUCCUGGCUGACCCCACUGGAGCUUUUGGAAAGGAGACAGAUUUACUACUAGAUGAUUCUCUGGUGUCUCUCUUUGGGAAUCGUCGGCUAAAAAGGUUCUCCAUGGUGAUAGACAAGGGCGUAGUAAAGGCACUGAAUGUGGAGCCGGAUGGCACAGGCCUCACCUGCAGCCUGGCCCCCAACAUCCUCUCACAACUCUGAGGCCCUGACCAGAAUGUCCUCUGACUCUCCCAUCUCCUCUACCCAGCUCUGGGCCAAAAGGCCCAGUACCUCCUUACCUGAGGGCCACUGAAAUGGAACCUUGACAAUAUUUCUGCAAUAAACAGUUUAAUUUGUGUCUUUG